GGUCCAAUAGCCAAAAGACCUCACGACACAAGCCUUUGUUCAAAUUUAGAUGAUGCAGAACGAUUUCGUCGCGAGAUUACGAAGGAGAUCGCGAAGAAAAUAGCACUCAUUCAAAAUCCUGGUCUUGGAGAGUUCAAGAUACGCGACUUAAACGAUGAAAUUAACAAAAUGAUUAGGAUUAAAUUCGCAUGGGAAAUACGUAUACGAGAACUAGGAGGAAUGGACUACAGGAAAAUGUCAUCGCGAGAGCUUGAUAAAGAGGGAAGGGAAGUUGCGUCAAACCGCGGCUACAAGUAUUUCGGUGCAGCCAAGGAUUUACCUGGUGUCCGGGAAUUGUUCGAGGAGUCUAAAGAACUAGAGCAAAUGCGAAAGACUCGAGCCGAGUUGAUGAAGAAUGUUGAUGCGGAUUAUUAUGGUUACCUGGAUGAUGAUGACGGACUCUUGAUACCUUUGGAGCAAGAGGAAGAGAAAAAGGCGAUUGCACAGGCUGAAAAGUAUUUUGCUGAGCAUGGCGCUGAACGUUUUCAAAAAGAUUUCGGAGACGAUAUGGAGGAAGACAUCUAUAAAAUUGAAGAUGUACGUAUUUCAUUUUUCAUUUAA